AUGGCUAGGACGGCAGCCGGACAGGCGCCAGCCCCCAGCCCCCUGCUGCUAGGGGGCGUGCCGCUUCAGGCCCUGUCCGUGUCCCCCGCGGCGGAGGACGGAGUCAGCGGCACGCUCAAGUCUACGCAAGAGAAGAGCGCCGUCCGCCAUGAGCUCUUUCAGGAGGCGAUGGGCGUGAUGAACCGGCUUGGUGAAGAGCUCGUGGAUGUGGACGCGCGCCUUGUGGCCGAGGGUCUUCGGCUGGCGGAGGAGCGGCAUAAGCUGAGGGUGGCUAUCAACCUCGGGCGCCACCAGCACGAGCUCGAUAAUGCGAAGGCCGAGGCCUCUCUCGUAGCCUCGCGUGAAGCCUGCUUCCGAGCUCAGGAAGAGGUCCGGGAAGCUAACCGCCGCCGCGAGGCUGAGGAGAAGCGCGCGUGGGAGCUCCAAGCCUGGAGAGCCUCCUUGGAGCGGCAAGUGGAGGCGCGCAAGGCUGCCCUUGCGUCGUUGAGGGGGACGCCCGCUGAAGAAGAAGAGAUCCGGAAGCGCGAGGAAGCGUUGGCGCUGGAAGCUGUGGAGCGUAGCCUUGAGCUCGAGCGGCUUGAGACGAGGGAGCGUCAAGUUGCCCAAGCGGAGGAUGCCGUUGGGGCCAGGGCUCAGGAGGAGGUCGAUCGCCGGGUGGCCGAGGCUCGCGUGGAUCUUGAGGGUAGGCACGACCUGAAGUUGAAGUUCAUAGAAGCCGAGGCUGCAGGUAGGACUGCUGCCCUCAGGUCCAGGUUAGACGAGGCGGAGCUGGCCUCUGCCCGCGCCGAGCUGCUUCCUCUUCAGCAGCGGGUCGCCGACGUCGAGUCCAUUGCGCGGCAGGACAGGGAGGAGGUGCUCCAGCGGCAGACGCUAGAGCGCGUGCACGCCCCCAUGCUUGAGGGCCUCAGGAACAGGGCCAACGCGGCGCUGGGCCACAUCUACGAUGAGAACGCCCCUCAUCCCCGCACGACCGACUAUGCCAGCCAUCUCCGCUUCUUCAUCGACGUGGUGACGCGCUUGGAGAAUCAUUCCGAGAGGGCUCGCCAGCUUGCUGAAGAGAGGAGCCGCGUUCUGCUGAGGCGCGCGUUCUCCCGCGUCUUCAGCCAUCUCCAAAACACCUACCCCAACUUCAAUUUUGACACCGCCAUUGCCCCUGUUCCGGAGGCCAUCCGUGACGACCUGGCGUAG